GGGGAGCGCGCACGGCGGGUGUGCGGGGACCUAGGGGGAUCGGGGCUCUCGUGGCAAGGGCGCAGUGUCCCCUGGAGAGAGUUUCCCCGCGGAAGUGGCCGAGCUGCCUUCUUGGCUGGUACCUGAGGGAAGGGACACAUGGGGGCGCAAGCAUGUGUCUGGGUGUCUACACCGAGCGGGUGUUUGCGCACGUCCGGGUGUGAGUCGUGGGAGCCCGUGGCCCACACCAGCCUCCUGGGCUGACACGGAAGACAGCUCCUCUAUCCUGCCUCAGUUUCCUUAGGAUGCAGAGAAAGGGAGAAGAGGCAGAAGGUCCCUCGCAUUGGCACAAGCUGUAUCCCAUUGCCCAGGGAGACCGCCAAUCACCCAUCAAUAUCAUCUCCAGCCAGGCUGUGUACUCGCCCAGCCUCCAGCCACUGGAGCUUUCCUAUGAGGCCUGCAUGUCCCUCAGUAUCACCAACAAUGGCCACUCUGUCCAGGUAGACUUCAAUGACAGCGAUGACCGAACCGUGGUGACUGGGGGCCCCCUGGAAGGGCCCUACCGCCUCAAGCAGUUUCACUUCCACUGGGGCAAGAAGCAUGAUGUGGGUUCUGAGCACACGGUGGAUGGCAAGUCCUUCCCCAGCGAGCUGCAUCUGGUUCACUGGAAUGCCAAGAAGUACAGUACUUUUGGGGAGGCGGCCUCGGCACCUGAUGGCCUGGCUGUGGUUGGCGUUUUCUUAGAGACAGGAGACGAGCACCCCAGCAUGAAUCGUCUGACAGAUGCGCUCUACAUGGUCCGGUUCAAGGGCACCAAAGCCCAGUUCAGCUGCUUCAACCCCAAGUGCCUCCUGCCUGACAGCCGGCACUACUGGACCUACCCCGGCUCCCUGACGACUCCGCCUCUCAGUGAGAGUGUCACCUGGAUUGUGCUCCGGGAGCCCAUCUGCAUCUCUGAAAGGCAGAUGGGGAAGUUCCGGAGCCUGCUUUUUACCUCAGAGGACGAUGAGAGGGUCCACAUGGUGAACAACUUCCGGCCACCACAGCCACUGAAGGGCCGCGUGGUCAAGGCCUCCUUCCGGGCCUGAGCUGCCCGCCUGCCUAGCCAGCCACUAGGGCACCAUCUUCCCAAGGGCUUCCAUGUCAGCAGACACCAAACCAUCUGAGGCUCCCUCCCUAGGGGGUGCUGGGGACCCUCCUUCAGCCAGUUUGCUCCUUGGUCACCCUGGAGGCUUCUGGACGGGAUCCUUGAGUCUGGGGCAUCCUUCAGCUGCCCUGGGGGCCGGAAGGACAGGAGCUAAGCAGGGUUCAAGCCUGGGGCUGCCUCUGCUUUCCAAGACCCAAAGACCCCUGGGAACCUCCUCUGGUCUUCCCCACUGGCAGUGUCAGCAGCCCCACCCCGCGCGCACACUGUGAUGGAGAAGACCGAGCUCCCUGGGGCGGGCAGCUGACACUACCAGAGAGACUCAAGCAAUAAUCAGAGGUGGGCAGAGCUGCCCUCUCGGCAUUACCUCUUCUGCAGGCUCUGCCAUGCACGCACCUCACUGCCAGGCCAUGAAAAUCAGCACCCAGCAUGCUGGAGGUGACGUGGCCUUCUCCCUCCAGCCACCUGCUGCCACGGGCAGGCCCUGGCUAUAGCUUAUACAGUAUCUCCCCUUGUCCCCACCCAGCCACCAAAGCCACCUACAUGACAAUCCAUCCCUAUUGAAUUAAUAAAUUUAUGUAUCCAUGCAACAAAUACCAA